CCGUAGAAGUGGACCGUGCGCCAUGUUAAGUAGAAACAAAAGGAAAAAUUCGCAGCUUCCUAGUUCAGCACGGGAGUGACUGGAAAUAUUAAUAAUAAAAACCACCAAACCAACCAACCAUGAACGGGGUGUUUGAGGGGGUCUAAUUAUUUGCGCGUCGGGAAUAUAUAUCAUGCCGUUUCCUGCAGCAAAUCAACUACAGGCAUCCCAGCAUCAGCCAAAGCACUAUGGGAUCACAUCCCCAAUCAGCCUGGCCCUACCCAAGGAGGCUGACCGGGUGCUGACGCAGAAGCUGUGCGAGGCGCUGAAGCCGUAUGGCGUGUUUGAGGAGGAGCUCGAGCUGCAGCGCAGGAUUUUGGUUUUAGGGAAAUUAAACUCACUGGUCAAAGAAUGGAUUAGAGAAAUAAGUGAAAAGAAGAAUCUGCCAGCCUCCUUAGUUGAAAGCGUUGGUGGGAAGAUAUUUACAUUUGGUUCUUACAGGUUAGGAGUUCAUACAAAAGGCGCUGAUAUCGAUGCCCUCUGUGCUGCCCCGCGUCAUGUGGAACGCUCCGAUUUCUUCACCUCAUUUUACGAGAAGCUGAAAGAUCAAGAAGAAGUUAAGGAUCUGAGGGCUGUGGAAGAAGCAUUUGUUCCAGUAAUAAAGUUAUCGUUCGAUGGCAUUGAGAUUGAUAUACUGUUCGCCCGCUUAGCACUGCAGACUAUCCCGGAAUCCCUGGAUCUCAGAGAUGAUGGCUUGCUCAAGAAUCUGGACAUCCGUUGUAUUCGAAGUCUUAAUGGCUGCAGGGUGACUGAUGAAAUCCUUCACCUGGUGCCCAGCAUUGAGAACUUCAGACUCACCCUCAGAGCUAUCAAGUUGUGGGCAAAGCGUCACAACAUCUACUCCAACAUUUUGGGCUUCCUGGGAGGGGUUUCCUGGGCUAUGCUGGUUGCCCGAACCUGCCAGCUGUAUCCCAACGCCGUAGCAUCCACCCUGGUGCACAAGUUCUUUUUGGUCUUCUCCAAAUGGGAGUGGCCCAAUCCAGUCCUCCUGAAGCAGCCUGAGGACUGCAAUCUAAAUCUCCAAGUCUGGGAUCCUAGAGUGACCCCCAGUGACCGAUACCAUCUCAUGCCUAUCAUCACCCCAGCCUACCCUCAGCAGAACUCCACCUAUAACGUGUCUGUGUCCACCCGCACUGUCAUGAUGGACGAGUUUAAACAGGGUCUUGCCAUCACAGAAGAAAUCAUGCUGAAUAAAGCAGACUGGUCCAAACUAUUUGAAGCACCAAACUUCUUUCAGAAAUACAAGCAUUAUAUUGUGUUGCUAGCAAGCGCACCGACCGAGAAACCACACUUGGAGUGGGUCGGCUUGGUUGAAUCGAAAAUCCGAAUUCUCGUUGGAAACCUGGAGAAGAAUGAAUUCAUCACGCUGGCACAUGUGAAUCCGCAGUCUUUUCCAGGUCCCAAGGACAGUGAAAAAGAGGAAUUCAGCACAAUGUGGGUGAUUGGCAUUGUCUUCAAAAAGAUGGAGGGGUCUGAGAAUCUCAAUGUGGACCUGACGUACGACAUCCAGUCCUUCACAGACACUGUCUACAGGCAAGCCAUCAGCAGCAAGAUGUUUGAGUCGGACAUGAAGAUCACGGCGAUGCACGUCAAGCGGAAACAGCUGCACCAGCUUCUGCCAAACUUCGUUGUUCCUAAACGGCGUAAGCACUCCAGUGAUGGGGUACGUCUAGUGACAGACAGCAGCCUGGACCUAUCCCUGGAUGGUGACAGCAGCAUGUCUGUACCAUCACCCACGGCCGCCCCCAAAACUUGCUCUCUCAUCCCUGCAUCCAGCCCACCCAGGCACAGUCCUCCAGCUCCCCCGAGUGGCCCCUCGGACGCCCAGGCCACUGCAGACGGCCCUGGAGGAACCCUGGAGGGCACCAAGCCCCCCAUGCCCAGACCCACCCUCAGUCGGCCCUCAUUCUCCGGCCGGGCUGUCAGCUGCUCCCCUCCCUCCAAUGGAAGCCACCCCAAGAAAAGGCCCAUGUCUCCCCAGCCCGAAGAGAGCGACAAGAGGCCCCAUUUGGAUGAGGAUGGGAGGCUGGACGCAGCCACGUCUGGAGAUGUCAUGGCUGUGGGUAGCACCGGGAGCGCGCCAUUGGCAGACCCGAGCAGCGAUGAGGAAAUGAGGGAUUCUCAAGGUGAAGCCAAGGUGGAGACUGAAAGCAAGGAGCCCAAUGAAGACGAGCAAGCGGUGACCCAGGUGCCCAUUUCACAGAGAAUCUCCAGCACUGACCUCUCAGAUGGCCCCCCCCUCCCAGCCAAUCCCAUUCCAGUUGUGAAGAACUCCAUUAAGCUCCGGCUCAGCAGGUAGAAAUGGAGCGUCGCUGACGAUGGGCCUCCGGAUCGCUGGCUAGCAGGACUGGGGCUGCAUCAGUGCAAGGAGCUCUUGGCUCAGAUUCCACACUUGUCCACAAGGGGGCAGUCCGUGCUGUGCACACUUCAAAGGCAUUAUCCUCCAGAACAGUAAUUUUAUACAAUAGUAAUAAUGCACAACUACAAUGUCACACCUUCACAGUGGUGCGUGUGCGUGAGAGCGAGGGCAAUGGGUCCUUAAUUGUUUACUCUUCCAGAUUAGAUGCUUACUGUGAUAGGUGUACAACUGUUGUAUGACUGUGUACUUUAUUUCAAAAUGAAUGACCGCUUUUCUUUUCUCUUCAAAUUAAGAACAAAAUAAUAAAAAUGGAAAAAAAAAGUCCUCUUGCCCUCAUAGCUUUUAAAGACGCAAGACAAACCACGGCAAACAUUAAACUGUGUCGCCAUUUGUUUUUCUUUUGAUAAAAAUUACAGUUGCUUCUACAAUUAAUUGGGGGAGUGCUGGUCUGAUUAAGUCACCUGGCUAAAGAGAAAAAUGGAGGCGAACAGGAUUUAUAGUCAGGCUUAAAGCAAUUGGUCCAUUGCCUUCUUGUGGGCUGGGGAUUUUAUCCAAUGAUUAAAAGGGGAGUUCACCCUUAACUGGCAACCUUCACACAUGUACUCUGAUUAUUCCAUACAAUCAGACUUGCAUAGAACAGUGGUUGAAUAUAGUGACCUAUUUUGCUUUUAGAUUCAAUCGCAGUAUACCUCAGAUCUUGUUUCCGAAGAAAGUCAAAUCAUUUAUUUGCGUGUAUUCAUUUAGUUUUUGCCUGGGUUUUUGAAUGUGCUCAAAUAAAUACGUUGUUAAUAAAGCUGAUUUAACAUUGCA